UUUGAUAGGUAUUAUACAGCUCCAUCGUCUGCCCACCUAUUCUUUGCCAGUUCGAUAUUUCCCGACCAAGCACCAGAAGCUUCAAGAUGUCUCCCGUGGAGUGGCUAUCGUCGCCGCAAUCGGGCUCUCCUGUGGCAGACACGCCGUCCGCAACCUCCCAGUCCGCCUCGACCUCUCCGCCUGCGUCUCCUGCUUCGAUCCCGCCGCCUCCGAGCUCUCCACUCGCCGUAGAAGCGACGCCACAGAGCCCGGAAGUCUCCAAACUACCGUCACCAGGCGGUCCUGACUCCAUGGACUACAAAACCGUGACCUUCACAGUGUCACCGCCUCCUUUAAACCGACGCGGCAGUCGGGAGACCAACCGCCCGCUCUUUAGCGAGCGUCAACGCUUCACACCCACAGCAGACAAGCUCGUACUGGUCAUGGUGGGUCUACCCGCCCGCGGCAAGUCGUUUAUUGCUAAGAAAUUGUGGAAAUUCUUCUGCUGGAAAGGCUUAAAGUGCGAAGUCUUCAAUGUAGGGCAACUACGACGCGCUAAAAGCUCCGGAGCCAAGCAGGAUCACUCUUUCUUCGACCCAAACAACGCAAAAGCCAAGGAAGAGCGGGAGCUGCUCGCUCUGGAGUCCUUAAAACAAGUGCAACGCUGGUUCUUAGGCGAAAACGGAGAAAAGGGGGGCGACGUGGCUGUUUUUGACGCCACAAACACCACCAAGAUGAGGAGGAAAAUGCUGCGAGAUACUUUCAGUGCUUUCGCUGAAGAACACAAGACCAGUGUGCACGUGGUGUUUGUAGAGAGUAUUUGCACCAGCGAAGCUGUGAUCAACGCCAAUAUCAAGCAGAAGGUGGAGAGCAGUCCGGACUAUCGCAAUAUGCCAGAGGAGGAAGCGUUUGCGGACUUAAAACAACGACUGAAGAACUAUGAAGCGGCCUAUGAGGCUCUGGAAGACGCAGAAGACUGCAGUUACAUCAAGCUGUUCGAUAUGCAGUCCAAAGUGCACGCCAAGGGCAUCUACGGCCAUGUAGCCAAGUCCAUCUUGCCCUAUAUGAUGAGUUUCCACAUCGAACACCGUCCCAUCUGGCUGGUGCGUGCUGGCCACUGCACCGAAGUGCGCCGGGACUUUAAGGCUAUUAUCAAGGAUCCGUGUGUGGCCCCACGCUCGGCGCACUUGAGUACACUUGGAGUGGACUUUGCCUACCGUCUGGGCGAGUUUGUGAAGCAGCGAACGAUGGUCUGGAUGGAGAAUGAAGGUAUAGUAGCAGAGGAUAAUCCUACCGAGUGUCUGGUCAUGACAUCUACGCUGCCUCGUGCUGUCCAGACCGCAGACUUCCUUCCCUUCGGCAAGCGGAUGCAAAUGGCGACGCUAAAUCCGCUGGACAAGGGCGAGUGCUACGGACUAACGAUGGAUCAGAUGAAGGAACAGAUGCCGGAAGCUUUUGCAUCCUACGAGAAGGAUCCGUGGCGUACGCGCUUCCCUGGUGGCGAGUCGUAUCAAGAUCUGAUGAUGCGUCUGGAGCCCGUUCUCAUCGAUAUCGAGCAACAUACGGGCCCUGUGCUCGUGGUGUCCCAUAUCUCCACAUUGCAAGUGCUCUACUCGUACUUCCUGGGCGCGCCCAUUGAAAGCUGCCCGGACUUGGAGAUCCCCUUCCACUCGGUGCUCGAGCUCGUGCCCAACCAGGAUGGCUGGACCAAAACUGUAUUUAACAUGCGCGCGUGAGGGUGACAGCACCCGAUCUCACCUUUUAUCUUCAAGUAUGAACCUUUACAGGACCCCAAGAACUCAACACGACAUGAUUCCUUCUGUCUUGUCUUACUUAAGCUAUGCUACUUGGAGGUAUUGUAGGUAUCUCGGAAGAUAUGGUACGUGUGUUCCAGUUCCCGAACGCGCACUAGCGGUCGCUCACCAUCACGAGGAUUAUCGACUUCAUCCAAGUGUCCAAUGCCUUCCAGAGCCACUUCAAAAUCCCGACCGUGUUGGACGUUAAAGCGGAAGCGGCUUUUGUAUCGUCGCCCACUUUCUCGUGGAUGGAACUCAACUCGGAGCUCCAAUGGUGCGUGGACAAGUGGAUGCGUGGUGGUUGCGUUUUCCAACAGAUCUUUGAUCGAGUCGGUUGUUGAGAGAUAUCCCCCUGCGGACUUGAGCGUCGUGGUAGGACCUUGGAGUUCGCCUGAAAGCUGUGCAAACGUGAAGACGGCAGGAUCGUCCGUUAGGUGUGCGUGAUGCUGACUCAUUUUUUGUUGCUGUGCUCGUGAGACUGGCUUAGGUCUCGGUACAUGUUGAAUGGAGAAUUGUGCUGGGACGACUGUAGGGUUUGCAAGGCGUAAGAUGACACAUCGAGAGGCUGAGAGAUGCACUCGACCGAAGAAAAAUACCGACGGAGACACCACGAUGGCAGGACGUAAGACUACCGCAGCAAGACGGAUGAUUUGCACCGAUUUCGUUGCGAAUUUUACACGCAAUUCACCGUUGAAUUGAGUGUGUAGAGGUUGCUGCUGAGGGAGACUUGACUUGGAUUUUAACGUUGACGUAUCGGUCAGUAGUGAGGCGGACGGUAAGAAUCGUAGAUCGAUACGCACGGACAUCUGUGGAGGCAGCAUGAACAUGUAGGACUCGCCUUGAGCUGUGGAUCGUCGGUGAGCAGCGGGGAGAUCAGCCAUGGACAACGGAUGUCGUGGGGCUAGUGAGUCAGCGUGUGCGACGGCAAAUGGACCAUCACAUUCCAGUCGGAACGUCACUCUAGACCCCAAUCGGUUGACUAAGAAGAGCUCACGCCGAUGGAAGAGAUGCUGAGCUGCUGAUGUGGACACGAGUGUGGACCAUGUCGUGAAUUUGAUGUGGUACGGAGCUAAGGACUUUUGAAGGGAGACUGUCGCUGAGCUGUUCUUCCUUGCAGUAUUCCUUUCAGACGCAGGAGACGGUGGUUGUACCUGCUCUCUGGGCUUGUCAAUGAAGAGUUCCGGUUCGAUAACGUCGGCUGACAGAAGCACACGGAGGCAUUUGGGACUGAACGAAGAGGCUGGCGUACUUUCCAUCACUAGACCAGGCUUCCGAACCAUCGCGUUGGCCAUACGCACAGCGGUAAACGCUUUACCAGCCGCGUGUGUUGGACUGUUAUUUUGUCUCGUGGGGCUUGAAUCUUCUUGUCUUGGAUCAAUUUCCAUUGAAACGGGACCGGUAGAAAGAGAACUGGAGCUAUCGAAAUGGCUUUCUUCAACACUGGUAUCAUACCAGUGUGCAUCGGCUAAAAGCAGAGCUCUCGGAGCUCCCUCAUUGUCUUUCGGAGGACUAAAGGUAAUCCGGAAUGGCGUAGUACUAAACGCUGGCACCAUAGCUGACUGAGGUUCGAUCAUGAACGGAAGAGCAGCGCUACUGUCGUCGUCGCAAGGUGUGAUCCGCAGUUGCAGUCUCGAUCCAAAGUCAACACGCAAAGUUACAGUCACAAGUUGAUCUUCACGUCCAUUCUCGACCAAUUUCCACUUGAGACGAGCUCGUUGAGGUCCACGGUUCACCACUCGUAAAGUCCUUGUGAUCAUUGAUGAACGUACACAAACGUCACCAAAAUUCAACGCCGGUUGUCGAAGAAUGACUUGAGAUCGUCCCUCCGGUACAGGUUUGCCAAAGUAUAAGCCCACACAGUUGCGAUCUAGUGUAAGGGGAGUUCCUACAACCCCCACAUUAGCAUGUAAGAACACAGGAGGAGCCCCUAUUGCUCGACUAACAAUGUCGUCCACAUAAGUACCAGGCAUGUUGUUAAAGCAAGUGACUCGCACGACCACUUGCUCCCAUGGAGGAAUAUGAACACGAGCUGGGGAGAGUUGGAACGCUACACCACGACCUCCACUCAAUACCUGCCGGUCUUCAAUGUCUUCUGCUCGUUGGCGCAGAUAUGCACGUCCUUUGUCGGACUGGUAUCGAUUCCCAUCGUCUUUGGCGUCAGAAAGACGAGAUUUUGAAAGUUCCUGGACACCUCGAUAAGAAUUCGUCCUAGGAGAAUUUUGAGUCUUGGACAGAGCCAAUUUGCUUCUCCAUUUACUGUUACUCGGAGACGACAAAGACUCUGUACUAUCUUGUCGCGUUAAAGUCCCGAUGCCUGUUGCGGCUGGGAACUUCUUGGCUUCCAGAUCUACGAGAGCCUCGAUGCCGCUGAAGUUUCGGAUCAGAAGACUCAAUACUUUCCUCUCACCAAGAGUUACACUAUCUCCGAACGAAAGUUUAGGAACACUGCUUAACGGAUUCGUUUCUGGUUCCAAGUCACAGUCCGAGAGAGGAAUGCCACGUUCCAUCGCGAUUUCCUUCGGAGAUUUCGGUAUAAUGGAAGUGGAAUGAGAUUGAACAAGGUCGUAGGAGAGUACCAACCCUUUGUGGUUGCUGGUAACUUCGAAGCCUAACGGAGCAGGUAAGCCACGUAUACUACACGCCAGAAUGACUGUGAAUCGACCGACUUGUCUUGGUGUAUAAUUCAGCGUCGCUACAAGGCGUUCUUUCGAGUGAAUUGUACCUUGUUUUGGUGAAAAAGUAAUAGAGUACGCUCGAGAUGCACCUUCAGGCUCUACAAAUUUGAAUGCCGUCUCGAGGUUGGAGACAUUCACAAGUUCAAUGGUUCUAUGGAUCUCCACGCCUAUGUAAGUUGUUCCCAGUGGCAACCGGGUCGUAGAAAGAAACACGUUGGGACACUGAAUCUCCGCACGCGCAGACACGGCAGCGCUUGCACCUUUCGUAUCGGAUCCAGAGAAUUUUUGUUCUUGAGCUGCUUGACAAGUAAAGAAGCCACGGAAACGCUGGGGAAGAGACCCAGCCAUACACGUAGCCUUCACAGUGAACGAUUCACCGGGUGCUAGCUGUCCAUUUUCAGGAGCGAACGCUACAGUGGCUCGUGGUGGUAUAUCCCUCGAAGUAAAGAUACUACUGCGCUCCGUCUCGUUACCAGAACUCGAGGAUAUCGCGGAAUGUCGCGACAUAACAGACUCUUUCGAGCUUGAUCGUCGAAGUUUAGAACCUAGAGAAGACUGUGCUUGAAUCAAUCCUGACUCAGAUGAUGACCCUUCUAAGUGUAGAAACCUCCAAUGUGUAGUUACACUAGGAGACGGAUUCUUAAUUGUGAUAAAAGACUCAGCACUUGCUCCAACGAGCACCAGUCCGAAG